CGUUCGCAUCGCCGCUCGCCUGGGGCGCCGCUCUCUCUUCUCUCUCUUUCUCUAUUCGUCUGUCUCUUGAUGUUGCGCUGAGGCCGAUGCGGGCGCCGCCAUGCCGCGCUGCCUCAUGGCCAAGAAGUGGAAGGCGGCUCCUGCGACGCUGGGGGACGAGUCGGAUGAGGAGAUCGACGUGGUCGGCGAGGGGCGCGGCCGGAGCCCUGCGCCCGCCGCCACCGCGCCGGGACCCUCACCCCGGGACCCCGAGCCCACUCUCCUCUACAAUGGUUACACCGAGGAGCAGCCUUCCACCCAGUUCACGGCGCAGCUGCCGGGCUCCCCGGCGCCCCCGCCGCCGCCCCCGCCCCCUCAGCCUGUCUCCUACGCUCUUCUGCCCUCCGCCCCCACCGAGCCCCUCCUGCACGCGCUCCCCUCUGUCUCCCCCCCUCCGCCACCGGCGAGCGGCAAGUCCCUCUCCAUGUGCUACACCAGCACUGGCACUCUCCUCUCCCUGCCGCCCAAGAAGAAGGACAUCUACCGACCCUACUGCCUCGACGAGCGCGCCUACCUCCACCGCGCGGAAGAGGACCUCAACGCCGCGCACGCCAUUCUCGACCUGAGCCAGCACGCCGUGUUCCUGACCGCGCCGGCACCCGAGCCCGCGCCGCCGGAGCCCGCACCGCCACCACCCGAGCCCGACCAGCCGCCCCGCGAGACGGUCGCCUACACCUACGACGCCUUCUUCGUCAGCGACGGCCGCUCCAAGCGCCGCAACUACGCCACUGCCCCCGUCGAGAGCGCGCAGCAGCCCGAGCCCAAGGCCAAGUACACGUGUAGCGAAUGCGGCAAGCGCUACGCCACCUCCUCCAACCUGUCGCGCCACAAGCAGACGCACCGCAGCCUCGACAGCGUGGCCGCCAAGCGCUGCGGCGAGUGCGGCAAGGCGUACGUGUCCAUGCCGGCGCUCGCCAUGCACGUGCUCACCCACCAGCUGUCGCACGUGUGCGGCGUGUGCGGCAAGCUGUUCUCGCGGCCGUGGCUGCUGCAGGGCCACCUGCGCUCGCACACCGGCGAGAAGCCCUACGGGUGCGCCCACUGCGGCAAGGCGUUCGCCGACCGCUCCAACCUGCGCGCGCACAUGCAGACGCAUUCGGCCGACAAGAACUACGAGUGCCCGCGCUGCCACAAGACCUUCGCCCUCAAGAGCUACCUCAACAAGCACCAAGAGUCGGCGUGCGUGCGCGACGACGACGCCCCCAGCCCCGAGCCGGAGUAGCCGCCCUCGGGGCCCGGAGCCCCGGGCUCCGCUAUGUACUAAACGAAAAGUAUUAAUAUGAAUUUAGCUUCCUAGUGUAUUAUUAUAAAUUUACAAGUUUAAUUGAGGCGAGCUCGCGGCGUCGGUCGGGUCCGCGACCGGCGACCGGCGCCGCGCGGCCGAAUCGAGCAACGUUUCGGAAACAACGAAUAAGGUACGACCCCGUAGCGCCGCCGACGCGGCGAUAGGCCGGAGCGUCAUACGUCCCGGUAACAUUAAAUUGAAUUAUGUAUAUACUCGUCACUAAAUUAUACCCUUAUAUACAUAGAAGUAUUGAAAUACGAAUGAAACUAAUAUCUUUUGUAGGUGAUUUUACAACUGCAAUGUAGGUUAGAGAGUCCUAGGGUGUAAGUAUAGCGUUGAGAUGCGAACGUCGAGCGCCUAGCUCGUCGGUGGACGGCGGCGGAGCGCCCGGGCGCCGCGUCCGUCUCGGUAAGGAACUUGCCAAACUUUUCCGUCCGAAGCUCCGCACACGCUGCCGCGCCCGCCAGCGCCGCCUCGCCGCUCGCGACAGUGCCUUAGCGGCCCCGCGCCGCACCCGUCCCGCGCCCCGCACCCCCCAUAUUACACACGCGAACACAACAGUCAACACCCUCCUCCUCCCGCACGAACGUCGACCCUCCCGAAACUCGAUCGCUUCAAAAACAUUCCCCAUAUUGUGAACUUCUCGUCGUCGAAUUUUGCCGAAACUAUUCGAGUGUAUUUACGAGGUCAUUCGAAAUCGCGAAGCGUCUUCAGACGGACGGGCGGCGGGCGUGCCCAGCGACAACGAGGGACGGGCUGCGUCGCUCCAGCGAGCAUGCCUUUAGAUGAGUGUACGUUAGAGUCGAGAGUAACUGGCAAUAAACUAAUGUAGGCUAAGUAGCUGUAACUAGGUUAAAGGUGGGCACGAGGUGUCCAGGAGAAAUGGGUAUUCGAAAAGCAAUAAUAAAGUAGGCACUAUUGAGUCGCGCACCGCUGUCUAGCACAGCAGUAUUCCCGUAGAGUUUCGUAGCGUCGUAGACCUCAAGUCUUGUGCCGCGUUUACACGAUACGUGCGCUUUCGUGCCAGUGACCAGUUAUAUAAUUAUGUCAAUAAAAUAUUAUCUUAAAGGCAGCAGAGCCACAUGACUGUUAAAUAAAAAACUUUUAACUGAAAUAAUGGUAUAAUUAACUAAUUGUACAUAAACUGGAAUACGGGCCAGUCAGUAACAUCUAGAAGCGAAAAGUAUAAUAUUUCUCAUUUUAUUUUAUACUUAAUACAAAAGGUAAUCUACAUAAUGGAUACUACGUAACAAAAAGCAAUAAAAUAAAUUAAAUAUACAAAAUGACGAAAAUUAAAAAAUAUGAUGAGAUAUUUUAGUACGAUAAA